AUGGAAGUUCUGAGGUUUGGGUACGAGCCGAUGAUGCCAUCCCAAUCAAAGAUCAUACUCAACAAGGCCACAAGUGAUGCAAGAGUCUCCGGUCUCGGCAACGCUGCCCGCAUUCCCGAGAACACGAAAUGGCGCGACUUCAACUUCGUGAGGCUUCUUCUGGCCCUGAGGUCCUUGGACCAUUGCAAGUACCUUCCCUCCUAA